AUGAAAGAAGAUGCCAUCAAGGCGUUCUCGAAAGCAACCAAUAUUCUCAAGACAGUGCUUGGCACUGGCCAUGUCCGCACAAUGGAGCUUAUGGCUACCCUUCAAUUAUUAAAGCGCGAACAAAAUGCGAAAGCACUGAAUGUACAGGCAAUGGCAAUGAAGGUGCAAGGCGAUUCGGAAAAGGCGAUGCAACUCUUCCAAAAAUCGCUGCUUAUUUACAACGAAAUGUUAAAUGCUCCGCAUCCCUAUGUGGCAGCAGUCCACACGAAUAUGUCUGCUCCUGUUUUCAUUGAGAUGAUAAGUAUCCUAUGA